GCCCGUGUUGCAGAGCUGGAAGAGGAGUCUGUAAGUGAGAAGGCGAUGCGGGCAAAAGCAGAGAAGCAUUGUGAUGAGCUGGCUAAUGAACUUGAGGAAAUCACUGAAAGACUUGAAGAGGCUGGAGGAGCCACCACUGCUCAAACCGAACUUAACAAGAAGCGCGAGGCGAAAUUCAAGAAGAUGCGCGGUGCCCUCGAAGAGGCCACGCUGCAGCACGAAGCCACGGCUGCCGCCCUGCGGAAGAAGCAUGCGGACAGCACAGCGGAGCUGGGGGAGCAGAUCGACAACCUGCAACGUGUGAAGCAGAAGCUGGAGAAGGAGAAGAGCGAGCUGAAGAUGGAGAUUGACGACUUGGCCAGUAGUACAGAGACCAUUACUAAGUCCAAGGCUAAUCUGGAAAAAAUGUACCGUGCCCUGGAAGACCAGGUGAGAGAUAUGAAAGCCAAAUUCGAGGAAAACCAGAGAAAUAUGAAUGAGAUGAUGAUACAAAAAGCCAAGCUCCAGACAGAGUCUGGUGAACUAAGCCGUCAGCUUGAAGAGAAAGAGACCAUCACACUGCAACUGUCCAGAAGCAAGCAGGCAAUUACACAGCAAAUAGAAGAACUUAAAAGGCAGCUAGAGGAAGAGAUCAAGGCCAAGAGCGCCCUGGCCCACGCCUUGCAGUCUGCUCGCCACGACUGUGACUUGCUCCGGGAGCAAUACGAGGAGGAGCAGGAAGCCAAGGGGGAGCUGCAGCGUGCCCUGUCCAAGGCCAACAGCGAAGUGGCCCAGUGGAGAACCAAAUAUGAGACGGACGCUAUUCAGCGCACGGAGGAGCUGGAGGAGGCCAAGAAAAAGCUCUCUCAGCGUCUCCAGGAAGCAGGGCAGCAGGCGGAGACUGUGAAUUCCAAGUGCGCCUCCUUGGAGAAGAUGAAGUUGAAGUUGCAGGGGGAGGUGGAAGAUCUGACAGUGGACAUAGAGAGAGCAAACGCAUUGGCUGUUGCCCUUGACAAGAAACAGCAGAACUUUGAUAAGGUUGUGGCAGAAUGGAAGGGAAAGUAUGAGGAAAGCCAGCUGGAGAGGGAAGCUCUCUCUAAAGAAUCGCAUUCACUGAACACAGAGCUUUUCAAAGUGAGAAAUGCGUAUGAGGAAACCUUAGAUCAGCUUGAAACAAUCAAGCGGGAAAACAAGACCCUCAGGCAGGAAAUAGCUGAUCUGACUGAACAAAUAACUGAAAACAGCAAAAUGAUCAGAGACCUUGAGAAAGCCAAAAAGCAAGCUGAAGUAGAAAAAUCUGAGCUGCGCUUAGCUCUGGAAGAGGCAGAGGCAGCUCUUGAGCAUGAAGAGGUCAAAAUCCUUGGUGUCAGCCAAGAAUUGACUCAGAUUAAAUCAGAAAUCAACAGAAGGAUUGCUGAGAAAGAUGAGGAGAUCAGCCAGUUAAAAAAGAACAAUCAAAGGACUGUGGACACAAUGCAGGGUGUUUUGGAUGCUGAGAUCAGGAACAGAAGUGAAUCCGUAAGGCUGAGGAAGAAGAUGGAGGGAGACCUGAAUGAAAUGGAGGUCCAGCUGAGCCAUGCCAACCGCCAGGCUGCCGAGGCACAGAAACACCUGCACAGCAUCCAGGGAGUUCUCAAGGACACACAGCUGCACUUGGACGAUGCUGUCAGGACGCAGGAGGUCCUGAAGGAGCAGGUGGCCAUGGUGGAGCGCAGAGCCAACCUGCUGCAGGCUGAAAUUGAGGAGCUACGGGCAGCCCUGGAACAGACGGAGCGGUCGAGGAAAGCGGCUGAGCAGGAGCUUCUGGAUGCCACGGAACGUGUGCAGCUCCUCCAUACCCAGAAUACCAGCCUUUUUAAUACAAAGAAGAAGCUUGAAACUGAUAUGGCACAAAUCCAAACCGAGAUGGAAGGCAUUACUAAUGAAGCAAAAAGUGCUGAAGAAAGAGCAAAGAAGGCAAUCACCGAUGCGGCCAUGAUGGCAGAAGAGCUGAAGAAGGAGCAGGACACCAGCGCCCACCUGGAGAGGAUAAAGAAGAACCUGGACCAGACGGUGAAGGACCUGCAGCACCGUCUGGAUGAGGCUGAGCAGUUGGCGCUGAAGGGGGGCAAGAAGCAAAUCCAGAAGCUGGAGGCGAGAGUCCGAGAGUUAGAAGCUGAGCUGGAAGAAGAACAUAAACAAUCCACAGAGGCUAUGAAAAACAUCCACAAAUACGAACGGCAUGUCAAAGAGCUUACUUUCCAGAAUGAAGAACACAGGAAGAACAUGAUGAGGUUACAAGAUCUGGUAGAUAAACUGCAGAUGAAAAUCAAGUCCUACAAAAGACAAGCUGAGGAAGCUGAUGAACAAGCCAAUACUAAUCUCUCAAAAUUCAGAAGAGCACAGCAUAAACUAGAAGAGGCUGAGGAAAGGGCAGAUAUUGCCGAGAGUCAAGCAAACAAGCUCAGAGCUAAAACCCGAGGAGUCCCUUCUACAAAG